CUAGAUUCCGUUUUCAUGGCGCUGCCCGUUCACACGUGAAUCUGAUCACGCAUUGGAAGAUUUUUGUUUGGCUUAUCUGACACCAUGACGAAGAGUCAAGCUCUUGUACUUCAGUUAGAUUCUCACAAGAAAAAGAAACUCAAACUCAAUGUAGAAGAAAUCACAUGUGUACAAGAUGAGAGAAAGGAGGAGAUGAAUGGAAAGAAGAAAAAGAAGAAGAGAAAGGCCGACGAUGAGGGGCUUGAAACAAGUACACAAUUAAAUGGAGAUCAUGAAGAGAAUAUACGCAAGAAGAAGAAAAAGAAGUCUGAAGUUUGUGUUCCUGUAGAAAACAUCACAGAGGAACCGCAGGAUACUGAACCGAUGGAGGAAACACACAAGCAGGAAGAUCACAUGAAGAAGAAGAAGAAGAAAAAGAAACAGAAGGUAAUGAGAAAUACUUUGCUUUUAUAUUUUAUGUUUGUCAAAGUUUUGGGAGCUGUAGACGAGCGGGUUCAGGCAGCUGUUGGCGCAGGCCGCCAAGGUCACCACGUGUCCCGUCAGCGGGUGGCGCUGCCACAACGUGUGGUUUCCUCUCCGCCGCGAGGCGUCAGUGUCGCCACUCAGGAGAUGCACGCUGAUGAAGACGUUCUCCGGAAGCCAGCACACAAAAAACACGCUCACGGCUGCGACGAUCAUGCGCAGGGCUUUGGUUCGCUGCGGCCUAUCGGAGCGCAGAAGCACGCGUGCGAUCAGGGUGUAGCAAACGCCCAUCACGCAAAAAGGCAGGGCGAAUCCCAGCGUCACCUCCAGCCAUUGCACCUCGGCCACGCCCGCAAAACAGAAGCCACGCCCCCAGCCGUGACGCAUGUGCGCUGUAGCGAAUGGGAUCAGCGUGCACAGGGUGGCCGCCGCCCAAAUGGUCGCGCAAGCCCUACGGGCGACGCGCGAACGGAAGAGCGCCAUGCAGGAGCACAGCACGGCGUCGUCGUAGUAGUGCGCGCUCAGGUUGAACACCUCGAUGAGCGAGUCCAGCACCAGCACCAGGUCGGCCAGAGCCAAAUUAGUGAAGUAGAGGUCAGGGGUGCUCAUCCGUUGACGAGGGUCAAAGUUCACCAGCAGAAUCAGGAUGUUACCCACGAGGCCGAGCGGGAAGAGCAGGACGGUGUAGAUGCAGGAGAGGAGAAGGUUUAUGGCGUAGGUGGAGUUCGUUUCGUUGACGUCAAUAACCGGCCAGUGCAGGCUGGAGUGAUUCGCAAUGUGGAUUUUAAACGGCACAUGAUUUUUCAGAGUUCUGGAGAUGUGAACACCUCAGUCCAGCAAGAACCGUCUGGAGUGGAGGAUGAAAACGGCCUCGAUGGAGAGGAAGAACUGAGUCCUGAGGAGAGACGAGUGCUGGAGAGGAAGUUGAAGAAGAUUCUGAAUAAGGAGGAGAAGAGGAAGCUGAAGGAAGAAGGCAAAAGCAUAAAACCGGAGAAGGUCAAGACAAAUGUUGCAGAGACGCAGGCGCUGGAAUACCUCGCAUGUUGGUCUAAGAACCGAGAAGCGUGGAAGUUUAAUAAAUCCAGGCAAACGUGGUUAUUGCAAAACAUGUAUGACAGCGUGAAGGUGUCUGAUGAUCAUUUUGAGAUGCUGUUACCGUAUAUUGACGGUCUACAAGGACUGGCACGAUCCUCCACACUGCAGAAAGCUGAAGCGAUUGUGCGUUGGGAAGGACAAGCAGAAGAGGCCGAUACAGCAGAUGCUGAGAAGAGGCAAGGGAGAGCCAAACAGGUCGUCCAGAUGCUGUGAUGGACCCGUUCAUUAAACAAAACAUCAAAAUUAUACGUUUUCUGUCUCCGUGUGAAUUUAUACAUUUUCACCCAUUCAAAUGAGUAGUCAUAAUGUCUUCGUUUGUAAUGUAAAACUUGACAUUCCAUAAAAUAAAAUGAUUACUUUGGUUUUAA